UUUGAACCAGGUCCUCUCUGACUCCAGAGACCAAACUCCUAGCCACUACCCUGUACGAGCUCCUGUUCCAUCUUCCGUGCCUGGCUGACCAUGUGCUGGGCAGUAGGCAUCCAGAAAGGAGCCCUGCCUGCUACUGCAAACCUCUAACAUGCCAAGCUCCCACCAUGUGCCAGGGCCACACUCUGGCUCUCUGGGUCACCUCCGUCAGGCGCACACCCAGCACCGGCAGCGACCCAAAGCAGAUGGAGGAGCUCUGAGGGCGGUCCUAGCUGCUGCCCAGGACCCCCCCGCCCCCCGCCAACACCCUCAGUGAUGCCUCCUCGCCCUGUCUGGUUGGCCUGAUGCGGUGCCCUCAUCUCCGGUGCUCAGGGGCUCCUCUGAGUGCCGCCUCCAUGUCCAGGCCCCCAUGGCGAGCACGGCUGGCCGGGGGCGGUGAGCGUGCAGGAACACGUGGCUAUUGACGUGAGCCUGGGCCCCAUCCGGCCCAUCCACCUCAUUUCCGACUACUUCCCGCACUUCUACCCCUUCGCUGAGCCCACCCUGCACACCUGAGACCUACACCCUCCAGUGACCCCCACCAUCCACUCUGCAUCCCAGUCCCAGCCGGACCCAGAGCCAGAGGGAGACUCAGACAACAGCAGUGAGUGGGCGCGGGGGACAAGGGGGACCCUCUGGGCCCAGCCCAGCCAGGAUGGGGUCUGGGGCAUCCCCAGGCUUCCGACCUGGGGAGGGGAAGGGCAGGAGGCAUGGCGCCGGGGCUGAGGUUGAUGUAGAAGCUGACCUGCCGGCCACCUGCCCUUAGCCACCCUCGGCAUCCUCAAGUUCACACUUCUUUUUUUUGCGGUACGCAGGCCUCUCGCUGCUGUGGCCUCUCCUAUUGCGGAGCACAGGCUCCGGACGCGCAGGCUCAGCGGCCAUGGCUCAUGGGCCCAGCCGCUCCGUGGCAUGUGGGAUCUUACUGGACCGGGGCACGAACCCGUGUCCCCUGCAUCGGCAGGUAGACUCUCAACCACUGCGCCACCAGGAAAGCCCCACGCUUCUUUUUGACACAGACAGUAGCACACUGCACUGCACAGCUCACCAGGCCAAGGGCCUCAAGCCACCGGCCUUGGGCUCCGUGGACACCUAUGUCAAAGCCAACCUGCUGCCUGGGGCCAGCAAGCCCCCAGGCCAGCCAGCUGCGGACACGCAUGGUUCGGGGCACAAGGGGGCCUGUCUGGGAGGAGGCACUCAUGGCUUCACCCUCCAGGACACCCGACGCAACACCCUGUGUUACCUGCAUCCGAAUGGAGGGAAGAAAUCGAAAUAUAAGACCAGUGUUCAGAAGACCCUGAACCCUGAGUUCAACGAGGAAUUCUUCUGCACAGGCCCACGGGAGGAGCUGGCGCAGAAGACACUGCUGGUGUCUGUGUGGGAUUAUGACCUGGGCACAGCUGACGACUUCACUGGCGGGGUGCAGCUGAGUAGCCAGGCCAGCGGGGAGCACCAGCAGCACUGGCGCGAAUGGCUGGGCCGCACUGACCACCAGCUGGAGCCGUGGCACCCGCUGGACGGCGCGCGCCUCCACUCAGCGAGUAGCGGGGGCGCCCGGCCUGGCCCUGCUCACCACCCGUCCCCGAGACUGACCCGCGGCCGCCUCCAUGGAGCUGCGAGGACCUGGGGCUGCCUCACCCACCAUGUCCACCCCUAGUCAAUUGCUUCCUUCCUUCCCCCCUUUCAAAUUCACCCCACUGCCAAAUCAUGAAGCAAGAAUAAACCUCUCCUCCAAACCAGACCGGACAGCCGGUUCUUCCCCUGCCCACCGCCUCACAGGGCAGACUGGGCCCUGUCCUCCUUGCUCCCAUCCUCCAGAGGCCUUCACUGGGCCAGGCCCAGGGCUGCACCCCAGGCCACAGCUUCCCCCUCCCCACCCACUUCUUGCACGGAGGGGUCAAUGCUCAGGAUGGUCUAUGACAGACUGACGCACAGGAGGCCAAGUGUAAAUUCACAACGAGACCUUGUGCUGCCCUAUCCCUCCCAAACCUCCACCUCCGUCUGGGAAACAAGCCUCCAGGAGUAAUGGGCCGCAGAGGCAGAGUGAAGAGCAAGGCCACAGAGAAGACGCACCGAGUGGGCAGCACGUGCUUUACUGUCCAGCGUCCAGGCAGAUGGACGCCGGCCCAGCGCGGCGGGCUCAGGAAGCGGCUUGCCUGGCCUGCUGCUGCUGGGCGAACCGCUGCAUCCGCUCCUCGAGCUCCGGCCGGAAGUGUCGGAUCAGGCCCUGGGGGUGAGGGUCAGGGUGCUGGGUGCAGCAGGGCCUGAAAAUCCCCCAGCGCCCGGGCUCUCAGCACCGCCCCCAGCACCACGCAGCAGGGCAGCGAGUACCUGCACGGGCCAGGCAGCGCCGUCGCCCAGGGCACAAAUGGUGUGGCCCUCUAUCUGCUUGCUGAUCUCCCACAGGGAGUCGAUCUCAGCCGGCCGGGCGUCCCCCUUCACAAAGCGCGCCAUCACCUUGUUCAUCCAGUCCACACCUGGGCCGUGGCAGCAAGAGAGGGCCUGGUGAUCUCCCUAAGCCGGGGUGCGGGGGGAUGGAACUCGAGGGGUGCGGGCCACAGGGAGGGUGGGGCUCAGAGCAGCCACAGCAGGCUGGGAAGCAGCAGCUGUUUAUUCAGGGUCCAGUGCCCGGCCCAGGCCUGGCGCAAGCCACAGAGAAAGCCCCAGCCUGCCCAGCGCGCUUACCCUCGCGGCAUGGGGUGCACUGGCCACAGCUCUCGUGCUUGUAGAACUCGAUGAGGCGGGCGAUGGCUUUCACGAUAUCCGUCUGGGGAGACAAGGGACAGUGAGGAGGCACCCAAGGCCUGAGCCUCAGCGCCCCCCGGCGGCACACCCUCCUGAUUCCAGCGGCACUCUGGCUGUCUCCUCCCCCUGCCGUGGGCAUCCCGCCCCGCCCAGGCUCCACGGGCGUGUCCCCCAGAGAAGCCUUGCUCCCCACCUCUCCCACCUCACUGUACCUCAGGUGACACGAACCAGGACCCAAGAGCUGGCAGGAGUUCUCCGAGAGGCCCCGGAAGGGUUACUAACCAGGCUGGCAUAAGGCAGGGACUGGGUGGGGAGCAUGGGCCAACCCUUACCGAGCGGUCCAUGACGAUCACAGCAGCUGUGCCCAGGCCCGUCUGCGCCUGCACCAGCGCGUCGAAGUCCAUCAGCACCGUCUCACACACGGACUUGGGGAUCAGUGGGGUGGACGAGCCGCCAGGAAUCACAGCAAGGAGGUUGUCCCAGCCACCCGUGACACCCCCUGGGGCCCCAGUCAGUCCCCAAAAGGAUGGAUGGUCAGGGCUGGGGCCAGCACACCUGCCUAGCCCUGAGCCCAGGACCUCUGCUAGCCCCAGCCCCAGCUCCUGAGGCUCUCCCACCCUGCUGGCUGGCCCCAGGCCUCACCGGCGUGCUUUUCGAUCAGUUCCUUCAGCGGUACAGACAUCUCCUCCUCCACGGUGCAAGGGUGGUUGACGUGGCCAGAGAUGUUGAACAGCUUGGUGCCUGAGUUACGUUCGCGGCCAAAGCUGGCAAACCACGCACCCCCUCGGCGGCAGAUGGUAGGGGACACGGCCACUGUCUCCACGUUGGCCACAGUUGUAGGGCAGCCGAACACUCCUGUGGGGGAAAUGGGAUGAGAAAUCGGUGGCUUCUAGUGGGUGGGGACAGGUUGCGGCGGGUUUCCUGGCAAUGGGGUAUGUCCAGGGUCCUGCUCCGGUGGCAGAGAGCCCUGCUUUCACCCCUUUGUUAUUCUCGUCCCCCACCGGACCCCAGAUUCCAGCAGGAGCUGUGCUGCCUUUUCACCAUCCUGCCCCGAGUUCCCGGAAGGUUGGAGAGGACUUGGGUAUCUGACAUGGGAGCUGAGGCAGGAUGAGGGACUGCAGGUGGCACUGGUGGAGCCUCUAUGUUGUUCCCACCCUGCUCUCUGUGUCAGGCGCCCAGUGCAGAAGGGACUCAGAAAUUCCCUAAGAAUGACUAGUGGGGACCUGAAAACAGAUCCUGGACUCCACAGGACACAGGACAAGGCCCAGGAUCGGGCCAGGUGCCAGGUCUUACCCACGUCUGCAGGGAAGGGAGGCUUUAGGCGGGGCUUGCCCUGCUUGCCCUCGAUGGACUCGAUGAGCGCUGUCUCCUCCCCGCAAAUGUAGGCCCCAGCCCCACGCACCACAAACACGUCGAAAUCAUAGCCGGAGCCGCAGGCAUUCUUGCCAAUCAGACCAGCCUCGUAGGCC